AACUUCAAGAGAAAAGAAAUUUCUUUUUCAUUAAUCCCCAAAAUUAAUAUUUUAAAUAAACUACCUCUUGAUAUUAUACAAUUAAUUCUAUAUUCAUUAAUUUUAACAACUUCAAUUAUUUUUUUAAAUAUAAUUCAUCCUUUAGCUAUAGGAUUAACUUUAUUAGCCCAAACAAUUUUUAUUUGCCUAAUUUCAGGAUUAAUAACAAAAAGUUUUUGAUAUUCUUAUAUUUUAUUUUUAAUUUUUUUAGGAGGAAUAUUAGUGUUAUUUAUUUAUGUAACAUCAUUAGCAUCUAAUGAAAUAUUUAAUUUAUCAAUUAAAUUAACUUUAUUUUCAACAUCAAUUUUAUUUAUUUUAUUUUUUAUAAGAUUUUUAAUUGAUAAAUCAUCUAUUUCAUUUUUUUUAAUUAAUAAUGAAAUAGAAUCAAUUUUUAAUUUUAAUUCAUAUUUUUUAGAAAAUUCUCUAUCUUUAAAUAAAUUAUAUAAUUUCCCAACAAAUUUAAUUACAAUUUUAUUAAUAAAUUAUUUAUUAAUUACAUUAAUUGUUGUAGUAAAAAUUACUAAGUUAUUUAAAGGUCCUCUUCGUGUAAUAAAUUAACUAAUGAAUAAACCUUUACGAACUUCCCAUCCAUUAUUUAAAAUUGCUAAUAAUGCAUUAGUAGAUUUACCAGCCCCUAUUAAUAUUUCAAGAUGAUGAAAUUUUGGUUCAUUAUUAGGAUUAUGCUUAAUUAUUCAAAUUUUAACAGGGUUAUUUUUAGCAAUACAUUAUACUGCUGAUGUUAAUAUAGCUUUUUAUAGAGUAAAUCAUAUUUGUCGAGAUGUAAAUUAUGGAUGAUUAUUACGAACUUUACAUGCUAACGGAGCAUCAUUCUUUUUUAUUUGUAUUUAUUUACAUGUAGGACGAGGAAUAUACUACGGAUCUUACUUAUUUACACCUACAUGAUUAGUAGGAGUGAUUAUUCUAUUCUUAGUAAUAGGGACAGCUUUUAUAGGAUAUGUUUUACC